AUGUCACCCUUCACUUCCCUUCUGACUGAGUCCAUCGACUGGUUGAUCCAGGUUAGGUAUGGGAAUGGUGAAGGUGACCAAGGUCUUACCAAGUUGUCUCAAGCUUUGAAAAAGUUGAUUGAUGAGGCUAUUGAGAAGGCUGAAAAGUCCCUAGAAGCCGAAAAAUCUAAACUUGAAUGCCCUGUUAAGUAUAAGGGAAAUGAGUCCACUUGCCAGUACUUUGGUAAACUACUCAACAAUUCUAAUGCAUCUAAAGGUACUGCGAAUUCUAAUUCUAUAUCCGAUGUAGAUAAGAAAAAUUAUCAGAAAUUCAUUGAUGACUGCAAAUCUUCCCACUCCCGUAAUCAGGACGCUGCUACUAAAAAAGCUUUGCAGGACAUUGAGUCCAAGUUGUCUCAGGUUAACAAGCUUAAAGAGAGUCUUAAAGGAUUGACUGAAGAAGAGAAUUGUAAAAAUCUUUUAGAAAACCUUUGUACUGGCCUCGAGACUUUCCUCGGCUUCAACUCUGCUUCCAAAGGCUACGAUGGCCAGGGGAUAGUGUACUCUAACCUGGACAGGCUGUGUGACGGGGUGAUGGGAUUUUUGAGUGGUGUGCUAAGUGCGGUGAAGGAUGAUGAUGCGGUUAAAAAAUAUGAUUUAUAUAUUAAGAAUGCCGAUGAAAGAUUAGCAAAACUUCUUAAUAAACUCAAAUCUUCAAUAGGUAAGGGGUCUGCGGAAUUUAGUACGCGGAUUACAGAGGUGAGUCAGUGGUUGGAAAAAUAUUGGUCGCAGGUAUGGAACUCAACAGGUACGGUAAAUAAGAAGUUAAGCAUGUUAAUAUAUGACAAAAUCGGUGACGAAUAUAUGAAAUCUGUUUCAGUCCAUGACACGAACCCACUUAAUGAGCAGUUGGCCAAUUGGUCCCGUGUCGUUGAAAAAAUUAACACCGAGGUGAAGGGCAUUUCCAGUGACGUCAGGGAAUUAGAUUCGUCGUUAAAGCAAAAAAUAAGUAAUGAGAUGAAGCUAAUUAUCAGCGGUGUUGUUUCGCUGGAGACGUCUCUAAAGGACAGGCCGUUUGUGAAGCAGGUGAAUGAAGUUGAUAGGCAGUUGAAGGAGCAGAAACAAUAUGUAGAAAAGACAAUCAAUGAGGGGAGUGAGAAGGUUCAAGAGAGCCUGAAACUGGAAAAAACCAAAAUAACCCAAUACAUUGAUAUGAAGGGUGUUGAAUUACAACGGAAUUUUCACUCUCAAUUUUGGAAGAUAUGCGACAAAUUGGGGGGGUUACGAGAUGAGAGGAAGACAAACUUUUCUGCAUUAAAAUCAAAUAUAAAUGACGCUCAAAAGUUAAUAGAGUCAUAUAUUGCGCACUUCGACGAUAGAUAUAGGCAUGCGAUAUCGAGGAAAUUUGAAAACAUAAAAUCGCAAGUGCAGUAUGUUGAUUCUGAUAAUACGAUAUUUGCCUAUGAGAAACGUUCGCUUAUACAACAGGAAGUUACGGAACUCAAGUCUGCGAUAGAUGCAAUAGGUUCGGAGUUGCAGAGACAUGUUUUGAGCCUUGGGGAUAAAAUUAGACAGGCAGAAUCGUUGCGCGCAACGGCAUUUGAUAAUAUUAGUGAGGUGUAUAAUAAACUAGACACUUAUAAUCACGAAAAGAAUAAGAGGGAGAAAACAAGGCUUGGUCAAGAAAUUGAUAAAAUCAGCAGUUCCAACACCUUAAUCAAGAAUGGUCCAGAUAGCGCACAAAAAGAGGUAGAAAAGUUAGUUACUGCAGUUACUGAGCAGGUUGGUCAGUUGGAUGUGCAGAUUCAAAAGGAUCUUGACGAAUUAAAACGAGGCAUGAAUAUUGACAUUUUGGCCUACGUCUCGGGGUUGGUGAGAAAUAUGAUGGAGGCUGCCAAGGAGGCAAGUCCUGGGUCAGUGGGCAGUGGCGGUAAUGGUAUUAAGAAACUUUUAGAAAAGAUUGGAACCGAUUCAACAUUUCAGAAGUUAAAAGCAUGGAUACAAACUCUAGGUGAUGAAGAGAAGAAAAACUUAGAAUCCGGCCUUUAUGCUUUAAAUGCUUACAGUAAGACGUCAACCAAUGUAUAUUACGAUACGCAAAAUAUCACGAAAGCUCUAUAUGAAGAUAUUAAGGAGUCAGUUGGAAGCGCAUUUAUGGGUGCGGAUUCAGAUUCUAAGCUAGUAAGAACACUCAUGGGACAAUAUAGAGAGCACAUUGAAAACGUCGGAAACAAUACACUAAAAACAAAAUUGGACGCCGUUAAGGGAGACGCAUUAACGGCUAUCAGGAGUAUUAUACGACCAGAGACCGGCACGAUUGCGUUUUCCAUAUCACAAAUUCAGUCGCAGCUGGAAGAACUUAGGACAAAAUUGCAUAAUGACGUUAUCAGAAAGCUCGAUGAACUACGAAACAAACUGGGGAAAGAUGCUCAAGAUACCGGUGAAUUAAGCCUCGGACAACUUAAAAACGAAAUUAGCAAUAUACAAAUGAAUCAGAUUACUAAUGAAACUAGCAAAGUUCAAACACUUAUGCAGGCAAUACUUGGCAAAAUAAGUAUGCUUGAGAAGGCCCCUAAAUUCGUUGACGAAAGAAAAAAAGAGGUUGAAGCGUUGAUGGAUGAGUUACGGUCUGAAUUCGUGCAACUGCAGAACGAUAUGAAUUACAUUAGUGCUGUUGUAAACGCCGCCGAUGUCACCUUAAGCAAUGGCAUUGAUUCGGUUGGUGAGGCGCUUAAGGCAGCUGAACAGAACGCAUAUGACGUAAUUUCUACGCUGCAGUCUGAGCUCAGUGAUACAGUCCGACAAGCGUUCAACGAUUUGCAACUAUCCGUUUCUUACUUCAAAUCCCAACUUCUCUCUGACGUCGACGCCUCAUUCGCCAAAGUGUCCUAUGAAGUCAAACAACUUUUCGCUAAACAAAAAAAAGCUGACCUGAGAUCGCUACAAGCCUUGGUGUCGAGACAAUUAAAAACCAUUAAAAUCAUCAUUGAAAAGGAUUUAUCGAGCGGAGUGAAGGGAUUCUUAAAGACCAUGGGAGACGUCUCGGUCGAGACUACAACCCUCACCGUUUCCCCCAAGAAGCUCAACGCAUUGAAAGAUAAAGAUACCGUCGCUGCUCUGUCCACUGGCUUCCAGUCCCUCUUCAUGAUGCUUAAGGAUUACAUAAAGAAAGAUAUUACAAGGGUGCAUAACGAGCAUAAGAACGCUACUGAUCCGGAGGGGAGCGAGGUGCUCUACACUGAAAAGCUGCUAAAUGUCACGCUCUCACUCAGUGCCCUACUCUUAAACAUCAAGAAUAAAAAUAGAUACGAUCAUCGCGUCCCCGGGAUGCUGGACGUAUUGUCCGAUACGAUUGCUGGUCUCACUCCACAAGGCUUCGCCAAGCACACAACACCUGUUCUGGAUUGCGUCACCAAAGGCGUUACUAAUUUUGUCGGCGAACUGCAGAACGCGUACAUAUCCGUUUAUGACGGUCAGGCAUUCACGAGCGAGCUAUGUCAAGUCAUUGGACACGAAUCUAACCCCCGGGAACCAAGGACGAUAUAUGAUCAGACUGACUACGGUCAGAAGUGCGCGAAAGUAUUCUUGACUCUACUGGCGACGCUAUUUAAUGAUUGUGAGAAGUUGAGGAAGAUAUGUCAAGAAACGCCAUUUAAUCACAUAUACAGAUCUUACCCGAGAUAUGAUAAUAAGCUCGGAGAUUUCUUCAGCUAUCAUGGAUUCAGUGUUUCUAUGUUUCGUGAUUCGCAUGAGGGCGAGUUGAGGAAUAAGGCAAAUUUCACUGGCACAGAUAUUCAUGCGAUGAUCCACGAAAAAAUUUUUGACGUUUCCGCAAUUAACCUUUUGAAACAGUGGAUGACUAAAAAGAACAAGGCAAGCGACGUAGCUUCUACUGAUGCAGAUAACAUGAGUCUUCUCGACAUACUUCAGUUCCUGUACGAGUGCCUUGAAACGUAUUACCGUGUCUGCCACGUAACCAGUUCCUCAACCGGCAAACAUCCAUCGUCCGUCUACGAUAUGCUGCUUUGGCUGACCGGUCUAACCCAUAAUCGCGUGUACACAGAUCUGGCACUUAACGGCUUUGAAGAUUUAUUUGAGAAGCCUAAGGACGAUGAUGCCGUUGAAGCUAAUACGGAAGACGGUAUAGCUGUUGGCGUUGAAAAAGAAGUAUCGCUAGCAGCCUAUCCUCACGAUAUCACGGUUCCAAGAUUAUCGGCCAGCCUUCGCGACGUCUGCGUCUAUUCCGAAGAAAUGCUUGUUGCCAUCAUGGGUCACGGCCAUUCUGAAGGCCGUUACGCUUGCGAUUUCAAUACCAACCCGGACAAAUUUGCGUAUCCCAGCGACCCAUCCAAGUGCUUGGACAUGCUUUUUGAAAUUUUGCUUAGACUUCAAGAGCAACUCUACUUGCUCUAUAUGCGCUGUCGGCGUACCAGAGAUACGAUGAGUUGGCGUGAGUGUUGGUAUGGCCGUGGCGUCGGCGGUUCGUCAUGGAAGUGCAAUACCAUGCAAUGUCCUGAGCAAAUCUCCAACCAAAGUGCUGACCAAAAGCAUAAGCAAACAUGUAACCAAAACUGCAACCAAACAGCUGAGUGCGGUAUUAAGUCACCCUUGCAAUCUUUCCUCGAAGACGGGCUUCCCGGUUUUCUGCCGCACCCGUACAGCAAAGCUGACUGCAAGAUGACUUGCUCACUUGCUAACCACCGGGGCAUACCGUGCAAAACACCGAUGGGUUUUAGUGACAUAAGCGUAAUGGCGUCGCAUACUAGUAAGGGUGAGCGAAUCGUGGAAGCCCUUCGUGACGUCUGUGGUAGUAAGCAUUCUCCUCUUAGCCAGCUCUGCAGUCUCCUGCUGUGUCUCCUAAACAGACCGCCGCAAACGCUCGGAGAUAUGUUCGCAUUCUACUACAACUUCAUCUCUAAUUGGGGUGGAAAGGGGCGUGAGCAUAAGAGUGAUGCGUUCAACGGCGCGGUUAAUGACGCCUAUUUCGGGGCGGAGUAUCAAGACUUCACCAUUAAAAAUGUAUUCGGUUCACACAUACACGACAAGAACAAUCAUCCCAAGGGUGACCUGUUUGGUUUGGUAGACUGUUACUCUGGUAAGGGUGACAGGACACCCAAAGGUUCUUGCGGUCCGUACAUGAGGCCAAUUAGCGGUGACAUCCGCAACACAUUUUCGAGCAAGCACGCCGGCACUUAUCUUUCAUGGAUCGUCUACAUCACAGAGACGUUUUAUGACUUGCUUAAGAAAUUAUUCGAAGAAUGCAACAAAUGUUGCGGCGACGAUAAACCGAAGUGCCGUACUGCACGGUGCUCACGAAAUUGUAAUUUCAAUGGCAAGAAGCCAGACCCCAAUCACGCCGAUUCAUGUGAGUCCAUUGUCAAAUGCAAGUUUACCAGGCCGACGCUGUACAAAUAUGGCUUCGUAAAUGAAGACGCAUUGAUGCUUGCCGAUAAGCCAACCAAACGCACGUGCAAAGAUUUCUGCAAGGCCCUAAAAACUGUUCUCAGUGAUAAAGUAGAUGACGACGCGGCACUUGCAAAGUUGGUAUAUGUAACGAUUCCAGAAUUCCUAUACCAGAUCCGUUUCCCCUUCAUGACCUUAACCCUUUCCCUCUGGCUCCUCUCUCUGUUGUACCUCAUCCACAUCAUGGUCAUCCGCCUCGACCUGCUCCACAUCAAAUCGCAUUUGCACUCACCCUCAUCACAUCGUAUCGCCGCUCAGUCACUACUUGCUGCUGCUCGCGUUAACAAGCUUAACAGGGUGUUUUAUCUGCAACCAUAA